AUGCAGCCCGCCCGGGCCCCCUCCGGCCAGAAAGGGCUGCGGCGCCCGGCGGCUGACAUCAUCGGGGCUGCGGGCGCGGAGCAGCCCGGCCCCCCCCCCUUGCCCGCCUCGCCCCCGCUCCACCGGCUGCAGCGGCCGCCUGAAGCCGCCCCCGCCCGGCACACCCCCGCCGCCAUGCCGGGAGAGGCCAAGGCACCUGAGACAGAUGGCUCUCGGAAUACCUCCACUUCCUCUACCCCGAGUGGCGAUGCCCUAACUCCGCUGCAGUUCUCCCCGAUGGCUGCCCCUGCCUUCCCGGCUGACCCUCCACUGGACCCCACCCUGUGUGGCAAAGGAGUCCCCUCCUUCCUGCCGGCCAAGAAAGAAGACCGCCCUCAACCCGAAGGAGCCAGCUGCGACGCGGCUGUUGGAGGUGCGGCUGCCGGCCUGGCAGCCCUGAGCGAAUGUGGGCAUGUCCUGAUGAAACCAGACCCCAAAGCCCUGGAGGGGGUCCCAAAGGGUCUUGGGGCCUCCCUGACGAGUGUGGACAUGCUGGACACCAGGGUAGUUAUGGGGGAGGAGACGCAGUGCCUCAGCGAGGAGGAGGAUGUGGGGGCAGCUGAGCUACAGGCCCUGGAAGCGGCCAUCUUGGGGGCCAGCUCUGGCGAGGCGGAGCAGGACGAGGCGGACAGUCGGGGCCUGGAGGCCUCUGAGGAGCUCCCUAGGAAGCCUCCCCACCAGGUAGUGAAAGACUGGAGCAACCGUCAAGCCUGCCUCUCUCUGCCGGGCCUGCCGCCUCAGGAGCUGGAGGCAGCGGUGUCCCUCUCUCAGGGCGACCCUCCGGCCAACGUGCCUUCCCCCUCUCCGACACUUGCCAAAGACCUUCCUGCGGAGCCAGCCGAGGCCCUGCCCUCGCCUCUCAAGACCACGUGCGGCCUGGACCCCGAGCUCUACUUCACGGCCCCCUCAACCCCCAUCAAGACUUUCUUUCCCCCACUCAGGCCUCAUCCUUUCUCCAAAGACAGCCUGAGCGAGGAGCCCGGCGAUCUGGACAGUGAAGGCCUCUGCUCCCCGCCCACCUCGCCCUCGGGGUCCUACAUCACCGCCGAGGGGGGCAGCUGGGCCUCGUCGGGCACGGGCAGCACCUCCCCGUCCUCCUCGCCCAACCUCAUCGCCGAGUCCGAAGCCAUGGAGGCCCCAGCGGUUUACGAGGAGUCUCCGUCAGAGCUGGAUCUUUCCGAGGGGCUCCCGAGAACGUCGUGUCUGCCUCCUCUGCUGGAGAGAGAGGGGGCCUUCCGCAUGCUGUCUCCCAGCACUUUAGUUCACUCUUUGUUUCCAGACGAGGACGACGAGGGUGAAGAUGACGGGCAGACGACACCGGAGGAGGACGGAGAUGACUGGGGUUCUGAGAUCACUGCCGCAGGACUGGAUUCUCGGAAGCCGGAACAGGUGAAGCUGUCACGGCCUAAGAGCCGUGGAGACUUUGCUGAUGCAGCAGAGCUGAGCACCAAGGAUCUGGGCCACGGGAUCUUCAAAGGAGAGAGCUUGCCUGCUGGUGAUCCCUCGGAAGAGCAUGUAGGAUCCACCCCUUCCUCCUCUUCACCAGCUGCCUUCCUAGGGCUUCUGUCAGAGGGGCCUGCUAGUCCACCCGGGGUCUGCUGCUCUGAUGCCGACAUAUCCGGCAGGCCGCAAGCAGAGGUGAUGGCGUCCCCCCCUGAUGACGGUGCAGAGAGCACAGAAAAUGACCCGAUGAUCCCCGCGUUGCUUCUGCCUUUCCACGGGAGCCUCAUCUUUGAGGCCGAGUCCAUGGAGAUCACGCUGUUCCCCCAGGGGGAGCCGGUGGAGAACGACGUUCUCUACUGCGCGGAGGACGAGGACAGCACGUCGGCCUCCUUUCUGCACUCUCUGUCGGAGACCUCCAUCAAUGAAGGGGUCGACGAGUCCUUUGCUUUCCAAGACGACACCUCCCAAUCCUCCGACUCGGCCUCCUAUAAUGGGGAGGAAGAUGAGCGGCUGUACAGCGUAGAGCAGCAUGCUGCGGUCCUGGAAGCUGCUCAGCAAGAGGCCAAGCCCUCCGCGGAGAACCCAGGGCCAGAAACGUCCCACUUGGGCAGCGAGAGCGAGAUGGAGACCUCGUCAGAUGCUUACAACACCGACGAGGAAGACUCCGGGUCUGCAGCUGCCGAAGCGCAGCCACCGGCCAAGGGGCAGCUAGGGGGGAACGGAUCCUCCCAGGACAAGCCUCGAGAGAAUGAAAGAUCCCAGGAGGGGCAGAUCCGAGGGGGUUUGGACUUUGAGCUCGCGGAUGCCUCCACACUGCAAGCUGCACCAAAGCGAAAGGGCCCUAGCAAUUCUUCUGAAUGUUCAAGAAGCAGCAGCAGCGUUUCUCCCACUGGUCGAGAGUGGGGGUCUCCUCAACAGCAGGACGCGGCAGCGUCUCCUGGAGUUCCGGGUCGCGGGACCAAAUCUGACGAGGAAGAGGACUCCCAAGGGGAAAUGGGCUCUUCCUGCAGCUCCCUGGAGCACCAGUCUCUCUCUGGCGCAGAAGAGAUCCUGGGGAGAGGUGCCCCCAAUUCUGGGGAAUGCCUGAUUGCCUGUUUCGAUACAGAUGAUGAAGCAGAUAACGUGUCUCCUUUGGAGAGUGCCGUGGAGAGGCCUCAGCCAGUGAGCCAAGUCUCCGAAGAAUGGAUUGGCCAGAUUUGUGUGGGAGCCGCCAUCCCUCUGGGGUGGGACCCCAAACCAUAUCAGCCUGUAGAGCUCACAGCCACAGAGGCGGCGGACUUGCCCACCUUUGACAUUGGUGCCCAGCUUAAAGAAUCGGAAGAACGACUUCUGGAACUCCUCGACCGAGAUGAUGCUUCUGGGGGAGGCUCGCCGGAGCUGGGAGGGGAGGAUGGAGGGGCGCCAGGCGUUGAUCCAGAGAAGGGGGAGGCCCUGUUUGUGUCCCUCCUUGAAUCUUCUGAGGUGGCCGUCUUGGAACAGCCGGAAGUGACCCGAGCGGACGAGCCCAUGGGAGAAUGCCUGUUUGCCUGUUUUGAGUCUGAAGAUGAACUGGAGGAGGCUUCGUCUCUUGAUCUGAUGAACAACAAUGAGGACCACAUGGGGGAGACCUUCUCUGAGGCAGGACCACAGCUCCUCAUUGGGCUAAAUGAGGCUCAGGAACACACACUCCUAGCCGCCACAGAGGUCACCUUGGAGGCAGUGGCACCUCUGCCUCAAGAAUCUCCUCUGCCCCACAAGGGCGUCGUAGUACCUCCUGCAGUCCUAGAUUGGGACCUCUAUGGGUCUAGGAGUGGCUCAAGAGAACCUGAGAUGGAAUCCCACACCAGGCAGCAUUUUGCCAGAAAGAAGCAGGAACCAGGCGAGGAUGCCCCUUCGGAGCCCCUCCAGCCAUGCUCAGAGACCGGAGAAACCAAAGACUCCAACAUGGGAGAUCCUCAGCCCAGUGAGAGCAGCCACAUGGCAAGGUCGGCAGAAAGAGGCAACCAUGCGGAUGAAGCUCGAGAGGCACUUAGAGAAUGUACUGAGUGCGUGGAUCGGCUGGGAGAAGAAGCUCCUGAGCCGAAGGAAGCUCCUGAGAUGUUGGAGGAGAAUCUGCAGUUGUCAACAUCAGCCUUGUCAGACCAGAAUUGGGAUACUCCAUCAGAGGAGGAGGAAGUCAUCUCAGAAUACGAAAGUGAAAAGUACAUGAAGGCGGACUUGGUUUCCGAAACCCCCUUUGUGGACGCCGCCUCCUGCCUACACCAACUUGAAGCGGAGUGCUUGAUCCCAGAGGCCUCGGGGCUGCCCGACUUGGUGUCUCUGGAGCUCCAGGGAGUCGGUGCUCCUCACAGGGGCUUUGAACCGCCCAACCUGAGAGACAACAACAUGAAUCUAGUGCGGGCUCAGGACAUUGAGGCUACGGAUGCACUUGCAGCGGGCAAGACCGGUGGUCUCAGGCCAUCGGCGAGCUCCAGCAUAAGGAGGGGGUACAAGGAGAACCAGGCAGCAGUUCCCAGUGUUGUGGCUGACGUGGCCACCAGUGAGCCGUCUGGUAGAAGAGAGCCCACUGAACAGUCGCAACUGGGGAGUGCCCGGCUUGCAGAGCCCCAGACAGUAACCAACGAUGCUGAGCUGUCCCCUCAACAAACGGCGAACUCUCUGCUCGCUUCUGAAGAUGACUUUUAUUUGGACACCCGUGCUCAGAUCAGGGGAGCUGUGCAGAGCACCCCCGCUGCCGAAAAGACAGUGAAACCUUCCACGAUUGGUACCAGUGACCUGCCUCGCGAAGGCCUGCAGAUGCCGAAGAAGACUUUUGCGCAGGCCUUGCUUCAAGGUCUCACGCCGGCUUUGGACGCUGAGCUCACGUGGCAGCAAAAGGAUGCCGUGACGUCUCCCCCAGGGCUGCCGGAGGUCUCUCCUUCGCACUCGUUUACAGACUCCAGCUUCUUCACAGCUGCCGAAGGCAGUUCUGUCGAGACCAUUGUGCUGACCACAUCUCCAGACUCCGAGAGAAGAGACCGACUAUCUCCUGAGCAAGCCAAGGGCAGCCCAGCAUAUGUCGCGGAGGAGAGCUCUCCUCUACAGGAACAGCCUGCAGCAACCCCUGAGCCGGAGCCUCCCGUGUUUGAGACGGAACCGUCGGUUGCUAAUGAAGAGGGACCUUCCCAGCCAAACACGGCCCUGUGUCUGCAUCACACGGCUCUUGCUAAAGAUCGUGGCUCGGCCAGAUCACGGCAUCAAAAGGCACAAAAGGAUGCGCUGCCCGUGUCGAGUAACAGCCAGCAUCUUUUCUUUGCUUCUGAAGAGGAGGUAUUCUUGACCGAGCCCAAUCUUGCUCCACAAGACCUUUCCCGUGCAGAAGCCGAGCGGGUUGGAGCGGCGGGCCAUUCAGGGACCGUGAACAUUGGCACAGCCACCGCUGAUCCCGAGACUGUUGCUCUGGAGAGCUCGCCUGCCACGCUCAGCCAGCCCGAACCCUCUGGUGCCUUCUUGCGGAGUUCUGCUGGAGUAUCGGAGUCUCCAGGCGCCCUCACGGUUCAGCAACAGAUAACCAGCAUGUUGCAAGGAUCCUUUGGGAGCCUGAAGGAGCAGAGAGCGGCGGGAGCUUGUCUCAGGAGCAGCCUGCUGGUGGCAGAAGCACAAAGUCUCCUUAAGGAGGGCAUCUUGGAGAGGUCCUCUGGGAAACCCACCCCGGAGUUGCUGGGAGUCAAGGAUCCGGAAGAGCCGGGCACUUUGACUCCUCCUCAUGGUGCUUCUGCUGCCGGUCAAGGGCACGAAGCCACUGGGCCUUCUGAGGAAGGAAAAGAUGGGGACCAGCAGGAGACAGAGGGCCUCGGAACUGCCCCUGAGGCUGAAGAGGCUUUCCCGUCUUCAGAGGCAGCCCCGGUGGAUGGCAGCCAGCUGUUGACGUCUGCAUCGGCCGAAGAAGGGGCCUGUUUUCCCAAAGAAGAGGUCGAUGGGCCCCCAGCUCAAAGUGUGCCAGAAGAAACCCCCCUCCAAGUCUUGGAUGCUGAUUUAUUAGCUGAAGAGGGAACCAGGGAGACCCCGGGAGAGCCUGCGGUAGAGGACGCCAGGAGAGAAGCAGGCAGCCCAUUGCAGGUGGAGAGCGGCCAGGAAGACGAAGCAAAAGCAGAGCCCUCUGACCUUGAGGAAAGCACAGAACCUCCUGACCUGGAUUCUUCCCCCUCCCUUCCUUGCGGCUCCUCCCUCCCUCCGCCACAGACCCCUCAACCGCCCAAAGCUCCAUCAGAAGCACCUCUCCUUGCUCAGCCUCCGUCUCCCUUGCAGUCAGAGGUACCCGUGUCUCUCCCCUUGGAGCCGGCAUCUGUCUCCCAGCCUCCUUCUGCAAGCUCAGAGUUCCAAGAAGUGCCUGUGGCGUCACCCGCACCAAUGCCACCGCCGCCUCCCUCGGAAAGCCUACCCCAAGCUCCAACUCCUACCUCCCGGCUUCCCACUUCUUCCGCAAACCCUGAGAAGGAGCCCGCCCGUGCCGAAGAGGCCCACUUCCUCCUGCGAGACUCCAGGAAACCUCCCAUGGAAGUCCUUCAGAGUGCCAGACCGGCCGUGCCCUGCCGAGACCAGCUUCCAGGUAGCAAGGAUUCCCGAGGCCGGAACCGGCUGCCUGGGAACAAAGACUCCCGAGGCAAGGACUCCCUCUCUGCCGGAGAGAAGAGAGCCAACCAUGGGGCCCUGCUGCUGGAGUCGAGCUCGUCCAGCGAGAGGGAGCUGCCGUAUCGCUGCCCGGAGAUCGAGAGCCUCCGGGAAGCUGCUGGGAUGGUCCUCCUGGAUGAGAAGAAGCCCUUGGUGGGCAGGGGAGCCCACGAAGCCAACCACAAAGAGUCUGGGAACGAUUCAGAAAGCAACGAAGGGUCUCUUCCCGAACUGGAGGAGCCGGAGGUUUCAGAACCACGGACAGCUCAGGCGCAGGCACAAUUAACACACUCCUUGGGAACGGGCGAAGAAUCCAUCAGCAAAGUGAAACAGAGCCGGAGCGAGAAGAAAGCACGGAAGGCCAUGUCCAAGCUUGGGCUGCGGCAAAUCCAUGGCGUCACCCGGAUCACAAUCCGCAAAUCCAAGAAUAUCUUGUUCGUGAUCACCAAGCCGGAUGUCUUCAAGAGCCCGGCUUCCGAUAUCUACAUCGUCUUUGGAGAGGCCAAGAUUGAAGACCUCUCCCAGCAAGUGCACAAGGCGGCCGCCGAGAAGUUCAAGGUCCCCAUGGAGCACUCGCCUUUGAUCACCGAGACGGCCCCCACCCUCACCAUCAAGGAGGAGAGCGAGGAGGAAGAGGAGGUGGACGAAACGGGCCUGGAGGUGAGAGAUAUCGAGCUGGUCAUGGCCCAGGCGAACGUGUCGCGGCCCAAAGCGGUCCGGGCCCUUCGGCACAAUAACAAUGACAUCGUCAACGCCAUCAUGGAGCUGACCAUGUAGCGACCGGCUGGCAGGUCCCCCGCCCCACCCAGUCUCUACCCCCCCUCCUGUAUAGAUGCACAGUUACUCCUAUCCAAUACAGCUGUCAUUCGUUAGGACUGCAAAUUACUAGUCCCAACUCUUCUGCAUUUGA